AUGAACCGCACCGUAGUUCCAUUCCUUGGCUCAUCGUCGCCGUCUGUCGACGAGAAGAUAGAGCAACCGCCUAGCGAUAGCACGGUCGAGGAUGUCGCAAAAAUGAGCAUCGAUGACCUCCCAGAUGGAGUGAUUGCAUCUAUCCUUGAAUCUGUAGCAGCAUCAGCUCGUGUCCCCGCCGACUUUCUAUCUGCAACCAUGACGUCCAAGAGGUUCACAGAGAUUGGUAGGAGCGGUUCUGUCUCAAAAAAAGUUAGCGCUCGUUGCUUCGCCGUCAGUGCGAAAAAAUGGUCGGUUGGUGCAAAAACAUUCUUGCAAACAUGCGCUGAAGCAGGCAACCUUAAUGCAGCAUACACCCUAGGCAUGACCAUGUUCUACUGUAUCAAUCUACGGGCGGAUGGCAUUGCAAAGAUAUCAUUAGCUGCAGCGGGAGGGCACAAAGAUGCGAUCUACGCGAUGGCAGUCAUCAUGUUCAAUGGAAGCGGUGGAGGCGAGGAAAGCAGAGACAUCUAUGGCGCCACCCAUCUGUGUGCACAAGCGGCAUCCCUAGGACAUGUGAUCGCCCUAAGAGAGUUGGGGUUCUGCAUGCAUGAUGGAUACGGGAAGGUAUUUGAUCAUGUUGAUGAUUCUGGUGAUGCUGUGUUUUCUGGUUUGGGGAAUUUAUCUUCUAAUAUGACAGAUGAUGCCGAUGAAUCAGAGUUAGGAGCAUACAUAUCUGACAAGACUAUAAGAGAAUCUCUGGAUUUGCUUGAACCAGGAUUUUGCUGCAUAUUCUGCCGAUAG